UCUGGCCACUGUCGACCGCGGACAGCUGCCCCAUGUCCACAGCGCUUCUGGCCCCAGUGUCUUCCCUGCGUGUGUGACAUCCAGCGGCUGUGGGUCAGUGUGGUGGCGGAGUGGGCACCUGUCCAUUAGGGCAGGUGGGAGGCACGGCAACCUCAGGCAGACCCUGCGCUGAGCUAGAGUCCUGCACAUCUCUGGGUGGUCUGAGAAAGGUGUUGAAGGCCACCUAAGCUCAGGGGGCGGUGAGGAGCAGGGGGCCAGGGAAAGAUCCAGGGAUCAGCCGUGUUGAGAGGGGGCACCAGAUCAGAGAAAAAACUCUGAGGGCUUUCCCUGAGGUCAAACGGGAAUGUGGUUGGGGGGCUCGGCUCAGGGCUUCCAUGUGUGAGGGGGAAGGGGCCUGGGGUCACUAUGCACCACGUGGUCAGCCACCACUGGGCAGCAAGGGGGCUGCCGGGCACAGCUGCCUUGUGUCCCCUGGGCGUCCUAAGCGUCUACCAGCCUGCUGUGUGACCCUGGGGUGUUCUGGAUUUCAGUUCCCAGGGCCUCCCUCAGAGCCACCAUCUGUGGGUACAACUAGCCUGGAGCCAUGAAGACCAAGAACCGGCCCCCCAGGCGCCGGGUGCCACCGCAGGACACAGAGGCCACCACAGGGGAACGGACCCCGGACAGGCCCCAGCAGGGGUCGGGGCUGGAGCUGACCAAGGGUCUGCGGAGCAGGACGGCGCGGGCCAGGCGGCGCGCUGAGGGCGGGCGCCGGCGGCCGGCCUCGGGGCCUGGUGGCCGGCGGGAGAGCAGCGUCCAGCGGCGUCUGGAGAGCAACGAGCGGGAGCGGCAGCGCAUGCACAAGCUGAACAACGCCUUCCAGGCUCUGCGGGAGGUCAUCCCGCACGUGCGCGCCGACAAGAAGCUGUCCAAGAUCGAGACGCUCACCCUGGCCAAGAACUACAUCAAGUCGCUGACCUCCACCAUCCUGACCAUGUCCAGCGGUCGCCUCCCAGGCCUGGACGGGCCGGGCCCCAAGCUCUACCAGCACUACCAGCAGCAGCAGGCGGCCGGGGGCGUGCUGGGGGCCACUGAGCCCCAGCCCGAGGGCCACCUGCAGAGGUACUCCACGCAGAUCCACAGCUUCCGAGAGGGCUCCUAGCGCCCGGCCUGGGGGUCAGCGGCCGGGCCCGCUCCUCCCGGCCCUGCUGCCUCUGUGCGGAGAGCCCCAGAUUGGUGGUGACAGCCCGCGUGGACAUGGCCCCAGCGGUUCCAUUUUCCCCGAACGCUCAGCUGGCGCCGUGGGGCACACCGUGGCCUCGAGGGGACAAAACCAGUGAGUGUCCUGGUCCAGGCCGUGGCUCUGGGCAGCAUGAGGCCCAAACCUCAGAGGUCCCAGGACCUGCUUUUUAAUCGACUAGGCCACAGUGGACAGGCCUUUGUAACUAAAUUCUCUUCACUCCCAACUCCCUCCUGAGGCAAGGGGAUUCCAGGAAAAGGUCAGCUUUGGUAAGUUUCCCCAGUUCCUGUGGAGGCCCUGGGCCCAGAAGGCUCCUCCUCCAACCUCCGUUGUGGCCUCCUCAUUCGGGGUAAACUGAGGCACAGAGCAAGCAAAGUCCGUGGCCAUGGAGUGUGGCUAAGCUGAGAUGAUGGAUGCGUGUAAUUCAGCAUGUGUCAGUGAGAAACCCCCAAACCCCUAGAAAUACUAAUCCGAUUACCUCAAAUUAAUUCUAAAGGGACGUUGGCAGGAAGAGCGGCUGGGACCUUUUCCUGCCUCCUGCUGGGUGGGGGCUCCUGACUGUGGAGGGGCACGCGGCUGGCGCUGCGGGGCUGGGGACAGGCCUGGGGGGAGGCUGGUAGCCGCCGCUCCCCCUGAGCAGCGUCCGUCCGCGUCCCACCCAGGUUUGCUGCUUGCCGUCAUACUGCCCACUGCCGGGGUCUUGGCGGUGGCGGAGGGCGGUCAGUCUGAUGGAGCUUGGAGCUGCGGACCCUGCAGGGCUGUGCGGGAAGGAGCCUGGGUGGCAGGAGCUCCCCUCCCCCACCUGGUGCUGCUCCUUCGAGGCGGGCCUGGGCAGUUUGGCAGGUCCCCUGCCGCCUCAGGCCAAGCUUCCUUCUGUGGGGACAGGCUUGGCGACUUUGCUCUCAGUGCCCCCUGGCAUCUCUCCUCCCUCAUCCCUGUGCCCACAGCCAGUAUGGGGAGGGGACAGGGCAGCCUUGGCAGCCUCAGGCAGGAACCCCAGUGACAGGGGCUGUGGCGAGGGUAGGGUUGGUCUGGCGUAUGAGACCAGAGCUGUCCCCGAGAGCUGUCCACGAGGUGCUGGGGGGCCAAGCCCCUCCCGGGUGGGGGCCCGAGCAGCAUGGGGGCAGGGCUGCCACAGUAGAGGGCCACCUCACACCCUCCCAACCCCGGUGGUCCCGGCCCCAGCCCCACUGCCAGGCUUGGCAUUAGGAUCAAGAACAGCAGGCAGCGGCCUCAGAACAGCCAUUAGCCACAUUGGUCGUCACUUUCCGGGUUGGGUGCUGGCUAGACCCUCUGCAGGCCCUGUGCCAGGCCCUCCGGAAGGUGGCCCUGGGAGGCCUGGUCUGGCCCCGGCCAUCCUUCGGCACGGUCAGGUGGGGACCCCACGUGCUCCUGGCCUGCCCCUUGGAGGCGCCCACUUGGGAAGGUCGGUGGUCAGGACAUUCCACUGGUGGGAGCUGAGGUUGAAGGCCGCUUGGAGCUUGGGACUGUUGGGGCCCACGCUCCCUGGGGGUGCCCUGCCAGCUGGGACACAACAUAAGGCCUGCAGAGCCCAGUGCACCCCCAAACUUGCUGAAGGAACCGCAAGCUGAGCGGAAAGCACCAGGAGGGGGGGCGCCCAGCAGAGGCUCUGUCCAGGAGGCCGUGCCCGAUGACCCGUGGUGGUGGGAGGGUCUGUGGUUCACCACCUUGCAGAUGACAGCUUUCAGAGCUCCUGUCCCAAACUGGCACCUGCCUCCCCUCUGCUUCCCAGAGGGUGACCUGGGCUCAGGUGUCUGGUCCUUCUUCCCCCGUGGCCAGAGGGCAGCUGCACACUCUGUGGCCGUGACACAAAUCAUCCUUAAAGGUCCCAGCUGAGCUUUGAGCUUCGGGGUGUUAAAUACGCGGGGCCAGGGAGGGGAAAGGUCUGGUGAUGGGCCAGCGAGGCCUGCUGCUGGGCCUUCUCCCUCGGCACUUGUCUUGGGUCCUUCUGCCCUGCAAGGACAUCCAAAGCCAGCAACCCACUGGCCCCGAGCCCUGCCACCUGGCCUGUGCCCGGGCCUUGCACCCACCUGCAGACCAGAGCUGUGUGAGCUCAGGAGGCCGAGACCCCUAUGGACUGGAGCCGAGAAACCAGAACUUUGACUUUUCUGUGAGAAAACCUACCUUGGAACUGAACGGCCAGUGCCCCUGCUGUAACUGUGGUAAAAAUGUUUCUUAAGUGACCCAAAUUUGCUUUGAUUUCUCCUAAUGGUCCCUUCAGAGUACUAAUGAAACCAAUGCUGUGUCAUAAAACAAAAAUAAGAGAUCCUACCAUGACUGCUACUUUGGCCCCAGGCUGGACGUUCAUGGGGAACUGUGCGUUUCCAUCACAAGGUAGCAAUAAAAAAAAAAAAUAGCAUGCCCUUUA